AGUUUUCAUUUUCUACACUAGUAUAAACGCACAUGUUAAUAUAAACACGUGUUUAUAGAAAGAUAUAAAUUAUUAUUGUAGAAACAACUAAUUUUUGUGAAAAUAUGAAUGAAACAAUUGUUAAAAUGGAAGUAGACGAAAAUUUACAAGAAGGAGGAGAAUUAACUUACGAAGAUAAGUUGAAAUACGUUAAUACCAUUGCUAAACCAAUGGCAUCUAAAAAACUAGCUAAAAAAAUCUACAAAUGUAUAAAAAAAGCAUCCAAACAUAAAACAUAUCUGCGUAAUGGAUUAAAAGAUGUGCAGAAACACAUACGUAAAGGAGAAAAAGGAAUAGUUAUUUUUGCUGGAGACGUAUUUCCAAUAGAAAUAAUGUGCCAUUUACCAGUCGUGUGCGAGGAUAAAGAUAUUCCAUACUGUUAUACUCCUUCGAGACAGGAUAUUGGUAUCGCUAUGGGUGUAAAGCGUGGUAGCCUCAUGGUACUUAUUAAAGAACAUCCAGAAUAUAAGGAAUUAUACGAUGAAUUAGUAGCCAGUAUGAAAACAUUAGCUGUACCUUUAUAAGUAUUGAAUUUUAUGCAAUACAUAAGUUGUUUAACUACAAUGUAAAUAUUAUAUGUAGAUUAUUUUCUUCUUACAUUAUGAAUAAUUAUAAUUUUUAAAAGAAUAUUUUUAAUACGAUAAAAACUCUGAUGUUUUAUUGUAAUUGACAUGAUUAAUAAGGUCCAAUUAACGGUAAUAGAAAUAUAUGACUCGUACUGAUAUAAAAAAUGAUAAAUAGAAAAAGGUAUAGUGAACAUAUAUGAUUUAUUACGAAAUUUUUAUCUGACAUAAAUGACAAAUCUUUCUCAACUUUCAACCGUAAUUUCGCUUAAUCGCAUUCACAAUUAUAAUAUGAUACAUAUGAUCGUACAAGAUUACAUCUAACGCAAAUGAUAUAUUUAGCUCUUCGAAUAAUUUUCAAAGAAAUAUUGGACAUCUUCUUAUUCUUUCGUGGAUAAUUAAUCUGUCCAUUCGAAAAUAAUUUAAAUCUUGCCAAAAAAUGAAAAUAUAUAUGCCUAAUAACAAGCUUCCAUUUAUCGUUGUUAAGUACUAUUUAUCCUUUUUAUUUCUUUUUUAUUAUGACGCAUUAAUUUAGGAUAAUCCAGAAUAAUCUUUGGGAUACGCUUAAAUGUAUUUCAGGAUAUCACAGGCCAGUCCUGUAGAUUAUUUAUACAUAUAUUUAUGUAUGUAUGUAUGUAAAUAGAACGUUAUAUUAGCCAGGACACAUUUUGAUAAUGCGUAUGUAUAAUAAAGUGAAUUAGGCACAAAGUGGAGUAUGAAAAAAAUGUUUAAUAUAUUCAAAAAAUGAUAGAAUGUUUAAUAUAAUUAUAAUAUUAUUGUACCAUAUUUUAAAAGGGAUUAGAUUCUUGCGAAACUAAGUUUUUUUUUUCUCUAUUUCAUUUAGCGCCUUGUGUGUGUUGUUUGAAAGAACAUAGAUAGAGACGACCAGCAUCUCGAUUAGAUAAAGUCAGAACUGAUUUUAAGAAUAUUGCAUUUCUUUCAUUUUUUGUUUGUUUGUUUACAAAUUUUCAAUUGCAUUAUUAACGAGUAAUUUUUUCACUUUGUUUCCGUUUAACUAAGUAAAAGAUUAAUUAUCUUUGUACACGAUUAUUUCAUCCUUGUGGUCAGGACAUGAAGCUGAAUUGAUAUAACAUGCGUGCGCUUUUUUAAAUGUACCAUCAUCAUUGGUACCAAUUUGAAAUUUCGCGCUCAUUUUUUUAAAAUCCUAUCGUCACGAUCGUCGCUUUUUUUCGCGCGCUUUUGUUCAUUGUUUUUCUUAUUUUAAAUUUGCAAUCGUGGAAUUUAAAUUUCCGUUUUAGUCGGAUUUCGAAGGAAAGCUUUCGAUUUUGGUUUAUCUUUUUUUUUUCUUUUGUCUUUUUUUUCUUUUAAAUAAAAUAGUGAUUUUGAAGAUACUUAAAAGGUACAUAGAUUACAGAUUGUCGUUAUCGGUUAUCUAAAACGUUUCUCAACUCUGCGUAUAUUAAUAUCUUUCAUACUUUGCUAGUGAUGUUUUUUUUUUCAUUCUGACUGCAACGAUUCUUUUAUAUCUUAUUUUUGUUGUCUUUACUUCUAAUUAUAAUAAUGAUCGAUUGUAAAAACGACAAUAGUGUUUUGUCUCUUUCUCAACAAAUUUCAUUUUAUCGUGUUCGUAACUACAAAACGUAAGAUUAUUAUUUAUGUAAUCUCUCGUGUAUACAAUUUAUUAAUAUAUAUAUAUACAUAGGAUUUUCUCUGAUGUAUAUAUAUAUAUGUAUAUUAUCCGUGUUUAAUUAAUAAUAUGUGCAUUGAAAUAAUGGACAAAGUGAAAGACGCGUGUUUUCAAAAUGGUAGAAAAGACUUUCUGCGACAAUUUCUGGCGCUUUCAUUUACAAGGAUUUAAUAGUCGAGGAAAGAGGAGAAGGAAGAGGAAGACAGGAAGGAAAGGAAAAAGUAUUCGAAACCUAAUUGUUAAUGUAAGUAAUGAAUGGAUAUGUCUUUCUAUCCUUAUUUUUUUCGCAUCGUUAUAUCGUAUCAGCUUUCUAGCAUUGAUCUUAAUGUUAAGAGAAAAGAAAAGUAUUUUUUACGUUAUAACAUAUUUUUCUUUAGCCACUUCUAUUGCUUGCGAUCUAUUCGCGAAUAUUCGAAUGCGUGAUAUUGAUUAAUUUAAACCAAAAAAAAAGAAAACAAAAUAUCAAUGCGAAUGAUAUUAUUUUCUAAAUUAUUUUUCGUUCAAAUUUAAAUAUGGUUCUCCAAAGAUUCGCGAAAUGAUCGACAGAUGUCGCCCCUUGUACUCUUUCUUCACUUUUCUUUUUUUUUUGCUUUUUUAUUUCUUCUUAUCUUGAUUUCCUUUUUUUUUUGCGCGCAGCUAUGUAUUCAUUUAUAUUACAUAAUAUAUAUGUAUGUGUGUGUAUGUAUGCAUUAUUUUAAUUAAACCAUAUUUAAAAUCUUAUUAAUUACCAAUUUUGUCAGUAUAAAAUAUUAUACGCUUUUUAUAUACGUAUGUAUAUGAGCGACGAAGGACGACAUUGACAUCAAAAUUGACGUGACGUACAACAAAUAUAGGACGUUAUUCUCUCCUUAUUUUAUCCAACAAACUAACGUGAAUUAUUCUUCAAUUUUAUUAUUUUUUUUUUUUUUUCAAUCGUCAUCGUUCUCAUUAUUUUUCAUUCUCAUCUUCAUCUUAUUCGAUUCAGGCAGUUAUCUAUUUUUCCCUUUUUUUUUUUCUCACGAUGUGUGCGUGUAACGCGAUACAAUUAUUAUUGCGACCAUGAGAAUUUACAAAUUUGGGUCAAGUUAUGCAAACAAUUUGUCAACCCUUUAAAAUGAUUUUUAAAUUAAUUAAACAUAUUGUAGAUCAUACGAAUCUGUAAUCUUUAUUUCUUUUUUCUUCGUCACAAAAUUAUCAACCAUAAGAACAA